GCUACGUGUAACGUAUUAUUUGCCUACACGGGAUGCACGUCCUCUUGUUUAGAGCCAGCAGAGUAGGAACCGAGUUGCGCCGCCUCCCGUCUUGUGGAUCCUGCAGAGGAAUCGAGUCGCGCCUCGCCGAGCAGUUCUCCUUCAGAUAUCCGAGUAAAGAUGGUGGCUAAUGGCGAAGCACCAGCUAGGGGCAGCGCGGCAGCAGCUGCAAGCAUACGGAGGAGGAGGACGGGUGGUGCAGCUGCAGCUGCAGGUGCCAAUACGAUGCUCCAGUUCUACACAGAUGAGACAGCCGGCCGCAAAAUGUCACCCAACACCGUCCUCAUCAUGAGCAUUGGGUUUAUUGCUAUCGUUGCUGUCUUACAUGUCUUUGGCAAGCUAUAUCGUGUUCCCAACUAGUCAAAGAAUAUCCCAAGUUUUGUAAUUUCCUCAACUUUGACCAAUUUAAACAUAUCGGAAAGCUCCGACCGACCGUGGAAAUGCAAUAAUCAAAUAGCAUCCGUUUAUUCAA